AAAACUCUCAGUGAAAACACAUCUUCGUUACUAUUCAUUUCCGAUCGAUCGCAUAAUGUGACGCUCUUUCUGAGAUUUCAUGUCGAAUAAAACUAAGACUUAUUGGAGCAAAGAACUAAGUGUACUUGGAGGGCGAUGAUGCAGCUGUGGGUCAUCUUCCCAUUGCUCCUGUCAGCUCCAUUGUAACGCUGGAAACUUGAGUACUUUCACCUCCAAUUGUCGUGCAUCUCUCUGUAGCUGAAAGGAUAUCGUUUCAAUAUUUACCUGAGACGUUAAAAUUGAUUACUUGUUCAUGGAAUCUUUUCCUCAUUAACGUCCAAUACAGACGCUGUGUCGUUUACUACCUUACCGUUAUGUAUUUGCACUUUUCUGAAGAGUGAUCAAGACUGUACCUACUUGGAAUACACAAGAGACGCUUUACACCACAACUUAUCGCCUCCUAUCGAUGUGGUUGGACUUGCUGCUCAUUUUCAUUAAUUCUAAAUUCAGUGAGGGACUAGUUAGGUCAUUUCUGUCAGUUCCGCUUAUAAACAGUCUUGUUAAUCGCAGAUGAUUGUCAUUAUGAAUUCGGGAAGUUGGUUUAGCAUAAUUAUUCGUCCCAAGAGUUAAGAAUUCGGAAUACACAAUAUAUGUUGUGAAAAUUCGUUUUACUAGAAAGGACGUGAGAAGCCAUUGUAUAUUUUGAUUAGAAUGGAAAAUCGCAAGGAUUUCAAUUGCAAUGGAGCAAUCAAACACAGCCCAGAGGAACGCGCACCUUGUUUGGAUAAAAACAUGAAAAACAAGAGGAAUUCUGUGGAGAAAGUUGAUGUGACAGUGCAUUUGUACGAUAAGACAGGGUGCUCAGGACCCUGGACUUCCAGAGAAAAAUACCUGACUGUUGUUUGUGUUCUAUUGUUCUGUGCUUGUAUUGCAUUUGUCGCCGUGGCUUUUAUUCGAGACCACGAAGAAACCACAUCAAAUGUUUGUUUAACAAAAGACUGUAUUGAAACUGCUUCUCAGCUUCUGGAGUCCAUAGACCCCUCAAUAAAUCCCUGUCAAGACUUCUAUCAGUACGCCUGUGGCAACUGGAAUAAAAAACACAUCAUUCCAGAUGACAGACCAAGUUUCAAUACAUUCGAGAAACUUCAUGAUGACUUGCAAAUAAAACUCAGAAGCUUAUUAAAAGAAAAAGAACAGAGUUAUGAUAGCAUAGCAACAUCAAAGGCCAAGCAGUUAUACAGAUCAUGUGUAAACACAAGUAGAAUAGAAGCUGUUGGUGAUGCACCCUUACGUCGAGUGAUUUCUCUACUUGGAGGUUGGCCAGUCGUAGAGAAGAGCUGGAGGGGAGAUAACUUUAUUAUAGAGGACGUUUUGGGUCUAGUGAGAGCCAAUUUUACCAGCAAUAUCAUCCUGUUUUGUUCUGUGGCGGCGGACGACAAAAAUUCUACAUCUAAUAUAAUACAGAUAGACCAGCCAGACUUUGGGAUGCCCAGUCGUGAAUACUUCCUCCACGACCCGGGGUCUGAUUACAUCCAGGCCUAUCUCCAGUAUAUGAUGGAUACAGCAGUCCUGCUGGGGGCAACUCGAUCAGAUGCAGAGAGGGAAAUGAGACAAGUGUUCGAGUUUGAAACCAAAAUUGCUAAUAUAACCAAGCCAUCCUCGGAGAGACACGAUACGGGGGCUAUCUAUAACAAGAUGUCGAUUGGAGACCUUGCUAAAGAUGUGCCCAAUUUUCAAUGGUUGGAGUACUUUUCAAAGUUCAUACCAUAUACAUUGGGCUACAAAGAAAAUCUUGUUUCAUUUGCUCCAGGAUAUAUGAAAGAUAUGGCAGAGUUGUUGGUCGUCACCGACAAAAGAAUUAUAGCCAAUUAUGUAGUUUGGAGAGUAGUAUUAGAAUUCCUGCCCGACUUACCAGAAGUGUACCAAAAGGUUCGCAGAGAAUAUCGAGCUAAAUCACAAGGAAUAACACGAGACAAGCCACGAUGGCAGAAAUGUGUUGAAUUGACAAAUGAUGAUAUGGGAAUGGCAGUGGGCGCCAUGUUUAUACGAGAGAAUUUCAAAAAAGAAAGUAAAGAAGCGGCACUGAAUAUGAUUCACAAUUUAAGAGAAGCCUUCAACGAGCUUUUGAAUGAAAAUGACUGGAUGGAUGAAUCUACUCGUAAAGUGGCGAGAGUAAAGGCAUAUGCAAUGAAUGAAAGAAUUGGCUAUCCUGAUUUCAUUAAAAAUGAAUCAAAACUGAACAAUAAGUAUGGAAAUCUGAAUAUAGGCCCGGAGUACUUUUCAAAUCUGAUGAAUAUUAAGAGAUUUGAAGUGGCAUCUGUAAUGAAGAAACUUCGAAAACCUGUGGAUAAAGAUCAAUGGGAGCAAGAUCCUGCAGUAGUGAACGCAUUUUACAAUCCUAACACAAAUGACAUUGUUUUUCCUGCUGGUAUAUUACAGCCUCCAUUCUACAGCGAUCGUUAUCCGAAAUCUUUAAACUAUGGUGGGAUUGGUGUAGUUAUUGGACACGAAAUCACACAUGGAUUCGAUGAUAAAGGUCGACAGUACGAUAUGACAGGAAAUUUGAAGCAAUGGUGGAAGAAUGAGACAAUUGAAGCCUUUAGGUCUAGAGCCCAGUGUAUGAUUGACCAGUACUCUAGCUACAAACUGGAACAGAUAGGUCUCAAUAUUGAUGGGAAAAAUACACAGGGAGAAAACAUUGCCGAUAACGGAGGUCUCAAACAGGCUUAUCGGGCGUACAAAAAGUGGUUAGAAAAGUAUGGACCUGAGAAAGAUCUACCUGGAAUUGGUCUCUCUCAUCAGCAGUUGUUUUUCCUCAACUACGCACAGAUCUGGUGUGGAAGUAUGCGUGAUGAAGAAGCACUAGAAAAAAUAAGGACUUCCGUUCACAGUCCGGGAUCAAUAAGGGUCCUAGGGCCUCUAUCCAAUUCCUACGAUUUUUCGGAAGCGUACAAGUGUCCUCUUGGUAGUCGUAUGAACCCAAUAAAGAAAUGUCACAUCUGGUGAUCUGAAUAUAGUUAUUGUAUCUCAAUCCAUCCUAUUUCCCAUACACAUGGGAAGCGCUUUUAUUUUAUGCCAAGCAGGUUUUGAAUAAAGAGAUACAACUAGCAUAGACACACGAGCUCUGAAUAGCAUGGGAACAAAGGCAAAGAGAUUUUCUUUGUGCAUUUGGAGGCAUUGCUGAAACAAAUAUCCAAAUUCAUGGUGAUUCAUCGGCAAUUUUGAUUUGCAGUGAUGAAGAUAUACAAAUGCAAUAUGUUUUGGAGUUUUUGUAUUAUAUCUUGUUGAGUGCGUCAAAACGACGUUAUUUGUAUUAAACUUGUACAAAUAUCAUGAAUAUUUAUGAAUUAUUAUUGUCUAAUUUAAUUUUUACACAGUUGAAUUGUUUGUUUUACUAAAAUGUUGAUAGAAUGAUGAAAUGAUAUAAUAUAUUACUGUACAGAAGCUGACAUGACAGCCCAAACUCACAUUUGCUACAGUUGACGUCAUGGAUACAUUUAUAUUGUUACAUUUUAAAAGAUUUAUUUUUAAAAAGUUUGUAUAUUGCAGAGAUUUAAUCGAUGUUGUGCAAAUUGCUUUAUUAAAAAAUUAUGUAUUAAAGGCUUUCAUAUCAUGCAUUUGGACAUUUAGAAAUAUGAAACAUACCUCCAUAUUGUUUGGAAUUUGAAAUAUUUUUACUUUCUUUUACAUUUUAUUAUACUCUAGUAAUAAAAAGACAGUCUUUAUAUUUUUUUUUCUUG